AUGGAUUCAUUGUUGGAAAGCUGUACUCAAAGUAACCUAAGGAAUUUAAAAGAAGGCAACAUUAAAUAUGACCAUACAUUGGAUGAAGAAAAGGAGGGGAAUGAAAAUAUAGACACCGAUGUAUAUGACAGUGAAAAUAAUGAAUCAUCGAAAAGUUAUUUAAAAAAAAAAAGUGUCUCAGGAGAACAAAAAGAUUGUAGUAAUAACUCAGGUGUAGAAAACGAUAAAAAGAAGAAUUUAAUAAAUGAAAGCCCUCUUGAUGUCGAAGAAAACCAAAAGAAGUUUGCAAAGGAUUCAUUAAACACAGAAUAUUCAGAAGAUGAAAAUGAAAAAGAAACAAAAGAUGAUGCAAAUGAAAAAUAUAAUAAAGGAGAUUAUGAAGGGGCAGUUAAAAUAUGGGAAAGAGGAUUGAGGUCCAUAAAUUAUGUUUUAUCAAAAAAAGAAGAACUAAACAAUGAAAGGUUAGAAGCUUUUCAAAAGUUACAAUCCACUUAUUGUAGUAAUAUUGCUCAGGGGUAUAUGAAAUUAAAUAAAUAUUCUGAAUGUGUUAAAUAUUCUUUGUUAGCUCAAGAAAAUGAUAAAAAAAAUGUGAAAAUUUAUUUUAGAUUAGCUAAGGGAUAUUUUAUGUUAGGCGAAUUUGACAAAGCAAUACAAAUCCUGAACGAAGGAAUCAAAAUUGAUAACGAUUUUGCUUUGGUUAAUUUACUAGCUCUUGUGAAAAGAAAAAAACAUCUUCAUUUAAAAAAGGAAAAACAUAUGAUGAGACAUAUUUUUGACAAUCUUAAGAACAAGCCUUUGAUUAAUGACAAGGAUUGUACGAAUUCAUUUUUCAAGCCUGUCUAUUCUUUAAUAUCCGUACUACUCAUGUUUGUGUGUGCAUUCUUUGCUCGUCUUUCCAGCCUCCUUGUUCGCAUCUUUAAAAAAUGUAAAAUGAAAAGUUCGUAA